AUGUCAUACCGAGGCCCGCCAAAGAACCCUCUGAUCGUGCUAUCAGACGGUGUGUGGACUGGACGAGAAGCGGGUUCAGAAUCCAACAUCCACCGACUGGCAAAUCUGGUCUGGGGAGAAUACGGACUGCCAAAAGACGACGAUUUCGCGCACAUCCACCCUUUAGGAAAAGCGCACUAUGUCAACAGCGUGCCAUUAGGGAGCACCUUCAUGGAUCAUGUUAUCCACGGCCUCAACGUCCAAGACAUCGAGCAGCAAUGCAUAGACACUUACGAGUACCUCGUUCACGGCUACACCCCACAGGAAACAGAAAUCUGGAUGUUUGGCGUUUCAAAAGGAUCAUUCAUCGUCCGCUCCGUUGCAGGCAUGAUCAACAACUGCGGUAUCGUGAAGCCAGUAUACGGGCUAGAGGGGGAUGUUGACGUGGACAAAACACACCAACUCUGCCAGGAGGUCUACCGCAUCUACCGAUGCCCGUCAGAAGCCAACGCGCCAAAGACGGAACAAUCGCGAACCUUUAGAAGGAGGUACAGCUGGGCUUUGAUCGGGGACGGGGACGUCAUCGAACCGCCGAUUCGCUUCAUGGGAAUCUUCGACACGGUGGGCGACCGCGGCAUCCCACAAUUCGCGGGCGCCGUCGGCCUCGACUGGCCCAAAUUCUACGACCAGCACGUCUCGAGCGUCGUGUCCGAAGUCUACCACGCAGUAUCGCUCCACGAUCGCCUCUACGCUUUCCAGCCGUGUCUGAUCUCCCGCGACACGGAGUAUGGGCCGUCGUACGGGAUCACCGAGCGUUGGUUCCCGGGCACACACUACGAUCUCACUCGACAGAGCUUCAAGAUUGUCAGGGGCGUGCUCCCGCAGCGACUUGAGAGCGUUCUUCCGCCGUGGGCGUGGACAAGCAAGACGAUUAAGCCGAAUGAGGUCCUCGCUGACCUUGUUUUCAAAUGGAUGCUGGAGUGCAUUGAUGCCCAUGACCCCUCGGGAUUCGUCAUACCGAAAGGCAACCUUUAUCGCGAGCUAGAUGGACUCAAAGCCCGUAUUUUGAAAGGGCAAAACACUGGCGAUGGCGACGUGUACCAUCGCAUCCUGCAAUUUGUGCCUUUUGGGCGGUACUUUGACCUGGCGUUGUCGACAGCCUUUGGGAAGUGGCAAGACAACCAGCUUUACAGGAUGCUCUUCGCCUGUAGACCUCGACUGAUCCCAGAGUUCAACGCGUCCGUGUACAACUACAGAGGCCCCGAUCCCAAUCUGGAUGCCAGGAUUAUCCAAAAGUUGGCCAACCUCCCAUCUAGUUCAAAAUCACCCGAGAAGCAGGCUAAAACGCGAUACCCGUCGACAUCGUAUGACAAUUGGCUUUUAAGGCGAUAG